AGCGGCCGCAGCAGCGCGUGCCUUCAAAUCUCAGCGCUUGAGCCACAUGCGACUUUCUCUCUCUCUCUCUGCGACUGUCCAUCCCGGAAUCCCGUGCUCGGCUGCUAUAACCUCCAUACCGGCAACAUGCCCCGGUCAUUCCUGGUCAAGAAACAUUUCUCUGCCAGCAAGAAACCCAACUACAGCGAACUGGAGAGUCAGACAGUGUAUAUAUCACCAUUCAUCUAUGACAAGUACCCACUUCAUGUGAUCCCCCAGCCGGAGAUUUUAAGCACAGGGGCUUACUACACGCCUAUUGUCUGGGACACUGGUUUACUCACCACAUUUUUCACCUCCGAGCCCGACUACAAAAAGUCUCCCAUCAGCCCUUCCGGCAGCGACGAUUCCUCCAAGCCCUUAGACCUCACUUCCUUCUCCAGCGAAGAUGAAGGGGGCAAAACCUCGGACCCUCCCAGCCCCGCUUCGUCCUCCACGGAAGCGGAGAAAUUUCAAUGCAAUCAGUGCAGCAAGUCUUACUCCACCUUUGCCGGACUUUCCAAGCACAAACAGUUGCACUGUGACACCCAGGCGAGGAAGUCGUUCAGUUGCAAAUACUGCGAGAAGGAGUACGUCAGCUUGGGGGCCCUAAAAAUGCACAUCAGGAGCCACACGCUUCCCUGCGUCUGUAAAAUCUGCGGCAAAGCCUUCUCCAGACCAUGGUUAUUACAGGGACACAUCAGAACCCACACAGGAGAGAAGCCAUUUUCCUGCACGCACUGCAACCGUGCCUUCGCCGACCGCUCCAAUCUCCGAGCCCACCUGCAGACCCAUUCCGAUGUCAAAAAGUACCAGUGCAAAAACUGCUCUCGGACUUUCUCCAGAAUGUCCCUCCUUCACAAGCACGAGGAAACGGGGUGCACGGGAGCCCACUAAAAUCAAAGACUAUAAGCACAAUGGACUCUUAAAAUUCCUGUAUAUUUUUUGGCAGGAUAUAUAUAUAUAUAAAUAUAUAUAUAUAUUAUUUUUUCCUUUAAAUGAUGCCAUUGCUAAAUUUGUUUAGCAAGCUCACAUGCAAUCACUUCGUUUGGGGGAAGAGACCCUCGAAACCUUAUGACACUUAUAUGGAACCUGUAUUGUCGAUGAUGCAACCUUAGAAUGCCUUAUUGCUACAGGGAACUUGCCACCUACCCUACAUUUGGGAUUUUAUAUGUCAUUUAUCUCAUGGGGCAGUGUAUAACUGUUGGGUAGGAAAAGACUGAAUUCUGUAUUUCUGUGAAGGAGUCAUGGAAGGUGUUACACACACACACACACACAUGUAUGGCACUCUUGCUUCCAAAAAGGGCAUCACCUAAAAUGAUUUCCUAGGGUAAGGUAAAUGUAUAAGAAAGACCAGCACAUAAUCGUCUAUGCAAAAAGUUGGCAUACAAACUUUCAAUACACUUUUUUGUGUGUCCCAUGUGUUCAGCUCAUAGGGAUGGGGAUUAACCCCCUCCAGCACAAUGAGCACCCGUCACCCCCACCCAUAACUGGCCAAUGAUGACCGUGCUGCACAUACACUCCUGUUUAAAGAGCAGCAAUGUGGGCACCUGUUAUUUCCUUUCAAGGAAGAGGAGAGGCGGCAGUUGGCACGGAGAACAAUGGGCAGUUAAAACCUAAGCCAACCCAAGACAGGUGGACGGAACGUCAUACAUGAAAAAAAAAGAAAGGAAAAUAGACUAUUUAUGGCUUCUGACAGGUGCCAAGUGGAUGCAUCUUUUUUUUUUUAUUAAAUAUUGUUGUUUUUUUUUACGUAACCCUUACCGAGAAUGUUUACAUUUCAAUGGUACACUGGUAUUUAUAUAUAUUUUUUAUAAAAGUGCCACAUUUUGUACUGAGGAAUCUGUGUUUUUUAUAGUUAUACACAAUUUAUUGAUAUUCAAUAAAAUGUUUUUUUUAAUUUAUAUAAAAAA